GCUAGGGGUGGGUAUCCUUUGAAAGGGUGGUAGCUGGGAUAAUUUUGAAUAACUUUUUCUUUUACCAAAAUGCUUGUUAAGGCUUAAUUUUUGAAUUAUUAAUGAAAAAUGCCGCACAAUCAGAGCGCGCAUAGUGCGCAGGCCCAGCCGUAGGAGUGUCGGCUACGAGCCGACGUGACGAGCCGAAUAGUUUGGUUCAGUUUGGUUGCGACUAUGGUCGAGUACGGUACUUAUGUGUCUGAAUCUGCGCGUUACAUGCGUCGAUUGUUCAGUGCUUUUUUAUUAAUAAUUAACGACUAAAUGACCAAUAAUGCAAAGUCACGGCAACCGCAGAUUACUUCAAUAUAACACCGAUACCAGAUGAAGGCUUCAUUAUGAAACAUUUGGUGGCGUCACACGCUCGACGUGUUGUGCGACAAUAUGGAUAACACGAAAAAGAUAUUUUCCAAGCCGAUUGAAAAUAUUGCAGAAGAGUAUCAAUUGACGAUCAGAUUGUUAGAACUGUUAAGAAACACGAAGUACGAAUUAGUGCAAGAAAAUGGACAACGUCGUUUAACCGCGCCUGAGAUCGUUCGCGGAGAAAAGCAACGUGUCAAAGGUGCAGAGAUCUUUCUCGGUCGUCUUCCACGUGAUUGUUACGAGGAUGAAUUAAUGCCCGUGCUUGAAAAGGUUGGUCGUUUGAUGGAGUUACGAUUGAUGCUCGAUUUUGCUGGUACAACCCGCGGAUACGCGUUCGCGUUGUUCGAAAAUUCAAAAAUUGCGAGGAACGCGUGCGCUAAACUUGACGGUUAUGAAAUCAGACCCGGCCACCAUAUCGGCGUCGUUAAAUCCAUCGACAACUGUCGGCUCUUUUUCGGUGGAGUGCCGAAAAACAAAAGCAAAGAAGAAUUUAUGACAGAACUUAAUAAGAUCCUCGAGGGUAUCACGGAUAUCUAUCUGUAUCCAUGUGCACGUGACAAGUCGUUGAACCGCGGUUUCAUCUUCGUCGAAUUCAAAGAUCACAGAACCGCCGCCAUGGCUAGACGAAAAUUAAUACCUGGAAGAGUGAUGUUGUGGGAUCAUGAAAUUGCGGUUGAUUGGGCCGAUCCGGAACCUGGAGAUCCUAUUGACGAAGAAGUUAUGGAAAACGUAACCGCUCUUUUUGUACGAAAUUUGAGUUUGGAUACGCCACAACAGAAAGUUCGAGACACGUUUCAAAAACAUACAAAAAUUCCAAUAUUAAAAUUAAAAAAAAUUAAUCAUUUCGCAUUCAUACAUUAUGAAAACCGGCAAGCAGCACAGAUCGUAAUGGACAUUAUGACGAGACCCAAUAGUAUCGCUGAAACAGAAGGCUGGGAAAUACGUUGGGCGAAACCAAUCGGAGCGACUAAAGUUCUGGAAAGACAACGAUGUAUCGACGAAGCAGUGGCAAGAACGAAUUCGCAAAAAUUAAAUCAGAAUCGGAGUAAACGCAUGUUGGAGAAAAAAUCGAACGCUAAACCCAACGUGGAUCUAAAUGACAAUGAGGUCACUGAUACGACGUCGAUAUACAUGAAUGUUUUACAAAAUUUUAUCAAAGAAAGGUUUAACGCUUUCUGUUCUUUUGACUGUUUACACGUGGGGAACACGAUAGGUUAUGCGUGCAAAAUAACUAUUUUUCAAGGCUCCCUUAUUUUAUUCGAAUAUCACGGAGAAUUGAUGCCGACCAAACAGAGCGCAAUAGCUAUUGCAUGUACAAAGAUGCACCAACUGGUCACCACUAGCUUAAAUUCUUCUGUGUUACAGGGCAAUGAACAAUAUUACAUGAAUCAAACAAUAGGGAUUAAUCCUGUGGUUGGGUCACCAGUUAACUGGCACAAUAAUACACAAUAUAAUUAGAUACAAUUUUUUUUUUAAGAUGAAUUUUUGAAUUCGACCAACCAAAGAUUAAUAAUAAUUAUUUACAACGUAGAGAUCCGAGAGCAUGAUAAAACGAACGUAGAGAAUAUUUUUAGAAAUUUAAUAAAAUGAAAUUAAUAUUUUAAAGGAAAUAUUCGUACACUCAAAAUAAAAGAUUUUAAUUAAAUUUUAAAAAUGAAUUUUAUAAUAUUUCACUAAUUGUGAUUAAAAACCACAUGUUUAAAAAUCGUAGUAAUGGAAUGUCAGGUUAUACUUUAAAUAAUGAAAUGAAAUUUUAACUGAAAUGUUUAUAAAAGAAAAAAAUGGAUUGUUCAUGAAUAUUGAAUUUAGAAAAUCUGAUAAUCGCAGGUUCUCUACGUUAAACGACAUAGUUUAAGCGUUAUUUUAA